AAUAUGAGACAUAAAUAAAUGACACAGUAACAUUCAAGAUUGACACAACUUGCUGUCAAGCAGUUGGCACUUGCUAGUUCAAAAAGCACAAUCUUUUUUCCAGUUCCCAAUUUUGGCUUUAGGUUCUCCAUUCCUGCUCUCUCCAUUUAGACUCUUAGUUGACACAUUUUCCAGUUGAUCCAAUUCAAGUUUGAUUGAUAUCUGGUCUGGGUCUCCAUCAAGGUUGCCUUUUUAACCCCUUAUUUAGCCCUGCCGACAAUUGGUCGGUGAGUUCUUGGAAACCAUUUACAUCUUUUUCUUGUUUGAUUGACUUUUGCUUUUCUUGAUUUUAUAACAAGAUUUGUGUGAUUUCUGUUGGGUUGUCUUCUGUUUUGUUGAAAGUUUGCUGGAGCAAACAAUGGAAGUUCACUUCUACAAGAAUCCAGAUUGAUUUUUGUUCUUUGAGUUUCUUUUGUAUACAUUGGAUAUAUAUGGUUUCUUGAUUUUUGUUCUUUGAGUAGUGGGGUUUAUGUUGGAGUAUUAGUUUUCAAUUGGUUUUUGCAGUUCUUGAUUCAUUUCAUGAUGACUAUGAUGGAAAAAGGUGUUGAAAACUUGAUAUCUGCUAGGAAAUCUUUGAGGGUUAAUUUGGAGAAAUCUAAAGCCUUAGGUGUAUCUUUAGAUAAAGCUGGACCUAGAUUAGUUGAGAUUAGCCAGAGAUUGCCUUCUUUGGAGGCAGCAAUUAGGCCAAUUAGGGCUCAAAGAGAGGAUCUUGGGGCUGUUGUUGGACAUAUUAAUCGUGCCGUGGUGCCUGCUACUGCUGUUCUUAAGGUUUUUGAUGCCAUUCAUGGACUUGAGAAAUCGUUGUCUGAUCCUGAAUCUGACCUCCCUGGGUACCUAGGUGUGCUCAAGAGGCUUAAAGAGGCGUUUAGAUUUUUGGGUGAGAAUUGUGAUAUGGCAAUUCAGUGGUUGGCGGAUAUUGUGGAGUACCUAAAGGACCAUAGUGUUGCUGAUGGCAAAUUUCUUAGUAGUUUGAAGGAGGCGUUGACUUCUCUAAGGGAAUUGCAUAGUGAGGAGGAUGGGGGUCGUCUCGACGGAGGACUUCUUGAGGUUGCAUUGGGUAGAUUGGAAAAUGAAUAUAGACGGUUACUGACUGAAAAUAGUGUUCCAUUGCCAAUGUCUAGUUUGGAUUUACCAGGUGAUCAACCCUCCAUAGCUCCAUCCCCUCUGCCUGUAUCUGUUAUAAAGAAGCUACAGACUGUACUUACCAGAUUGGUUGCCAAUAAAAGGCUUGAAAAGUGUGUGUCAAUCUAUGUCGAGGUACGGAGUUCUAAUGUCAGGGAAAGUUUGCAGGCACUUAAUUUGGAUUACCUCGAGAUUUCGGUUUCCGAGUUCAAUGACGUGCAGAGCAUAGAGGGACACAUUGCUAAUUGGGGUAAGCAUCUAGAGUUUGCUGUGAAACAUCUUUUAGAGGCCGAGUAUAAACUCUGUAAUGAUGUCUUCGAAAGAUUAGGAUUAGAUGUGUGGAUGGGCUGUUUCGCUAAAAUAGCUGCCCAGGCGGGUAUUCUUGCAUUCCUUCAGUUUGGAAAAACUGUAACAGAGAGUAAGAAGGAUCCAAUUAAGAUGUUAAAACUGUUGGAUAUCUUUGCAUCUUUAAACAAGCUGCGGUUGGAUUUCAAUCGGCUCUUUGGUGGAGCUGCAUGUGCUGAAAUCCAAAAGUUGACAAGGGAUCUCAUCAAGAGGGUGAUUGAUGGGGCUAGUGAACUCUUUUGGGAACUUCAAGUUCAAGUAGAAUUGCAGAGGCAAGUGCCACCUCCUCCAGAUGGUAGUGUCCCGAAACUUAUCUUCUUUAUCACCGACUACUGCAAUAAGCUGCUUGGAGAUGAUUAUAAAUCAAUUCUCACCCAAGUUUUGGUAAUUGAAAGAAGUUGGAAGCAUGAAAUAUUUCAAGAACGACAACUCUUUGAUGAGCUUCUGAAUAUUAUGAGAGCUGUUCAGCAAAAUUUAGAGACAUGGUCCAAGGGAUACAAAGAUAAUACCUUGUCAUACGUGUUCUUGAUGAACAAUCAUUGGCAUCUUUACAAGCAUCUGAAAGGCACGAAGCUUGGUUUUCUUUUGGGAGAUUCUUGGUUGAGAGAACAUGAACAGUACAAGGAUUACUAUUCUGCCGUCUUCUUGAGAGAGAGCUGGGCUAAGCUUCCUGCUCUAUUAAGCCGGGAAGGUCUUAUUCUCUUCUCUGGUGGGCGUGCCACUGCUCGUGAUCUUGUUAAGAAAAGAUUAAAAGCUUUUAAUGAAGCUUUUGAUGACAUGUAUAAGAAGCAGUCUAAUUGGGUCAUACUUGACAAAGAACUAAGAGAAAAAACAUGCCAGCUCAUCAUUCAGGCGAUUGUACCUGUUUAUCGGAGUUAUAUGCAGAACUAUGGGCCACUGGUUGAACAAGAAGGAAGUUCCAAAUAUGCAAAGUACACUGUUCAGUCUUUGGAGAAAAAGCUGAAUUCUCUUUUUGUUCCAAAGCCCGCCAGACAUGGUAGUUUUAAAGUGCGAGUGCCUAGUGGAAAGUUCAACAAUAGUGUUGCAGAUCAGAAUCAGACUGCUACUGUCAAGUAACUGUGGAUUCUUAAUCCUCAGGGUAAAGGACUUGUGAAUUAGACAUUCGUUUUGCCUAUGUAUUUACUCAUUCAUUUAUUCACAAACUAAGCAUUAGUACCAUACCCUGAAUUGUUGUAGACUAGUGGCUGUCUUGUAUAAAUGGAGAAGUACAAAAUUCAGAAAUUUAGCAGCUGUAUAAUGUUUCCUUUAUAAUCUCGCAUGUAUAUUUGCAAAAGAGAAACAAUGACUGAACCUCACAGAACAAUAUGUUGAUUUUGCUGUUGCAUGGAAAUUUUACUUUGUCUUGAA